AUGUCGAGCUCAUUUGAGAAAUCAGUCAAGGGGGCCACCAAGAUAAAGGCCGCGCCCCCCAAGACCAAGUACAUCGAACAUAUCCUCGUCGCGACACACGCCGGCGAAGCUGGCGUCGCCGAGGUCUUCCGCGCCCUGCAAUUCCGUCUCCGAGACUCGAUAUGGACCGUCGUCUUCAAGGGCUUGAUUACCGUCCACCUGAUGAUCCGUGAAGGCUCCCCCGAUGUCACGCUCUCCUUUUUGGCAAGGCACCCGAAUACGCUUGCUAUCAGCACCUUUACAGAUGCCCAGACGCAAGGCCGGAACAUCCGCCAUUAUGCCAACUACCUCAGCGCGAGAGCCAAGGCCUACCGCGAAACGAAGUGCGACUGGGUCCGGACCAAGGAAUCGAGGUUGGAGAAGCUCUCGGUGGACAAGGGCCUCCUCCGAGAAACCGAAAUCCUCCAGACUCAGAUCACGGCACUGUUGAAGUGUGAUGUCCUCGAGGGCGAAAUCGAGAACGAAAUCACGGUUACCGUCUUUAGACUGCUUGUGCUAGACCUCUUGGCUCUCUUCCAGGCUCUAAACCAGGGAAUGAUCAACAUUCUUGGCACAUUUUUCGAAAUGUCCAAAGUCGACGCCGAGAGAGCCAUGUCAGUCUACCGCAACUUCACAAAGCAGACAGAUUUUGUCGUGCAGUACCUCGGUGUCGCGCGACAGUAUGAGCAUCAAACAAGAGUCGAGGUCCCCAAGUUGAAGCAUGCGCCGGUGAACUUGGGUCGACAGCUGGAGGAGUAUUUGCAAGACCCAGACUUCGAAAUCAACCGGAGGCAGUACAUCGCCGAGCAACAGGCCAAGAAGAGCGGGAAAGGAGGCAUCUCAAAACCGUCAAGCAGUGCGUUCGACUCGAAGCCGACGCCCGCAGCCAACAACCCUUUCCCGAGCACCAACGGGUCUGUGCAACCAAAAUCAGAGACCGCCAAGGGUCCUGCGCCAGAUUUGAUUGACUUCUUCGAGUCCAUUGAACAGAACCAAACGACGAUGGCUUCCAACCCCCAGCAACACCAGGAGAAUCAGCAGCAGCAGCAGCAGCAAAUGCCUAUGCAGACCGGGUUCGCAUCCAACAGCCCGUUUCAGCCGCAACCUACGGGUUUCCAGCAGAACGGCUUCGCACCACAGCAGACCGGCUUUGUACCGCAACAAACGGGCUUUGGUGGUAACCCGUACCAGCCGCAGAGCACAAAUCCAUUCGGUCAGCUUCAACAACAGCAGCAGCAGCAACAACAACAGCAACAAGCGCCGCAGCCGCAGCAACCCAGCUUUACCGGAGCUGGGUUCGGCGGCUUCACCCCUCAGCCAAGCUUCCAGCCAGGCACGCUUGGCUCAAUACCUCAAGACUCGGUGGCAAGCUUCCCGACGGGCAACACGAGCAUGCUGAGUCCCCAGCCCGGGCAGCAAAACACCAACCCCUUCAGGGCAUCCAUGAUGAUGGCCCAGCAGACGGGCAUGUCCAAUAAUACCGCGCUUUCCAACCCGACGAGUUCCAACACCCAGAGGCAGUCAACGAACCCCUUUGCCCGAUCAUCACCACAGGCGCAGCAGCCUUUCGCUCCCGCCCCUAGCAACUCGCCCUUCCAGUCGCAGCCCCAGCAACAGCAGCAGCCGCUGCAGCUUCCCCCGAUGGCUCCACUGCAACCUAUGAUGACGGGUACUAAUCCUUUUGCGAAAAGCUUCACCGCAUCUCAGUUACAGCAGCAACGGCCCGCUACUAGUUCCGGAGCCCUUGCCCCGCAGCCGACAGGGACUACGAAUCCUUUCCGUCAGGGCGCUUUCGUUAAUCACCAGACUGGUAUGGGUUGGCAGAAUAAUCAGCAGCCCAUUGGCGGCGGUCUGGAUAAUCUCGAGACGGUACCCGUCUUCCCGCGACCCAUGCAGCAGAGCCCGUGGCAGACGUAA